UGUCCACAGGAGCAAGCAGAGUUCGAAGGAUCUUGAAUCCAAGGUUAUAUUUCUCGGUUAAACAAAUAUCUAGUAGGAGUUUUACAAACUAUAUAACAUUAGGAAUGAGUAAAGCUAACGUAGAUCACGACGUUGGUGCAAACGCUUUUGUUAUACACUUAGGAAAAGACGGUAAAGAAAAGGCUCUACUUGAAUAUGUAAAAGAAGGAGACGUUUUGAACUUGUGGCACACUGAGGUUCCAGUGAACCAUCGUCGACAGGGAUUAGGGGCCCAUCUAGCAAAGGCUGCACUUGACCAUGCAGUGGAAAAGAAUUACCAAGUGAAACCAACCUGUACAUAUAUACAGAAAUACCUCAAAGACAACCCUCUUGCAGAAUACACAGAACGAGUGAUUCCUAUUGAUUGACCUACAAGAAGAAAUUAUUGUCAUGCUUUUCAAGGCAGUGAAUGAGAAAGACUCAAGAKUAAUGUUCUUUUUCAUGCACCAUAUGCUGGGCUCGGCUUCUAAAUUGAUACAGCUUUUGGUGCAUGAAGGAGUACAAAAAUCUAUGUAUUGGUAUAUAAUACAUAUGGUUUUCUAUAUUGUUCAUGAAAUUUGAUCAAACUGAUUGUAAAGUGCAAAAAAAUACUAUGAUUUUUGAAAAUAAAAAAAUAUAUUUUGAAUCCA